GUACAUGUAUAUAUAUUAAUGCACUAUUAAGUGCCGAGACUCGUUCCAUCUUUACCAUUGUCGAGUUUUAGCCGACUGUUUUUUUAAGGGUAAACUUAAUUAGUGCAGAUACUGAGGAGGCAAGAGCUGUGAAUGUCAGCAUGGAAUUUGCACCCCCUUCCUCCAAAGCUGAGCAUCUUUCUACGCCACUGUAGUGUUGAAUUGCAGAAACACCAAGAAAAAAUUAGGGGAUUUUAUUAUCUUGUCGUUCAUUCGUAUUUGCCAUGUUGUGUUCCGUUUGAUGACGCUUGUGUUUUGCAUGGUUGAUUGUCCAUUCAUUUGUAAUCUUUUACGUUCAUCGCAUUAAGUUCGCUCCAUGCAUCUACAAAUUAUUAUUAUUAGUAUUUUUUUACAGUCCAACGGGCUGGGACUGUACAGCACACAAUCCUCCUCGUCCAGCAAAUACAUUUUCUGGCCAAGUUACAGAGCGUCGACCGGAUGAUGGUCACAACACAAUGCCUUUGCAAAGAGCAGAUCAAAGGAAGGAGGUGAGAGACUGCCACCCGCUUGUAGCUAAUGAGAUAGACUUUCUCUUCUCCAAUAAAUUAUUGUAGAGUGAGCACUACUGUCCAUCCAAUAGCAUCCAAGAAAACCGUCUACGCUCUCUAUAUAGAUCAUCGACGGUCGCCGCCCACCCCCUCCUUCCGGAGCCUGGUGUUCCGUUCUCGAUCUCCAGAACCCGUUGCAAACAUGGGGAAAUCAAGGACAGACGUCUUGUUUCAGUAGUUAUUACACCGUACAGUUUUACCAUUGGCGCCAUAGUCAUCAAGUGGUAGCAAAUAUAUGUUUCGGCCUUCGGGAAACAUAAUUUCCAAGAGGUCUGGACAUCGUAUUGCAACUACGAAAACAAGACGCUUUUUCUUAAGCUCCUGAUUUUGUCAAACGACUUAUCACUCCCUUCGCUAACUACCGCCCCUGUUCGGGAGAGUUGGAACCGCAGUCAGUCCCUGAGGGUGGUUCGAUCCUUGAGGCAAAAAACCCACCAUACGUACGUGAUCCCGGUGUGGCUGCGAUCCACGUGGACGAAACCAAGUUGAUCAAGACUGCGGUGCCAUGUUAUCGGGGUAGCCAGAGACUAAAAUUUAAUGGUCUCUGGAAUGGCGUAGACACACGCGCGACUUAAUUAGUCCUGCGGUACUUGUUUGGCUCUGUCCACCAUCUUCGGCGGCAGAGGUUUUUACGCAAUGAUUCGUCCUUCCCAAGAACAGUUGCCUUUCUGGACUUACGUGUGUCUACCUAGCAUUUGUUCAUAGCCGGAGCACGUAGCCGUUGGAAAUUAUUUUUUCCUUAUCCGUCUUCUAUGAGGUAAGAGCAUAUCUCGCAAAAUUAGUUCCUUCGUGCUAUUUGCUUAACAACGCAAGGGAAGUAACUGCAAUCAAAAGAACACGUACAAAGGGAACUCUCGUAUUGACAAAAAAAUAUCUGAAGCAUAACCAAGAUGGCCACUACGCUACCCAAAACAAAUGUCCUGUGUUAUGUUUUUUUUUAAAAAACGUAUUUAAGUGCGCUGAAGGAAAACAAAAAGUAAAACAUGGCAGCUCUUGUUGAUCCGUUUUCGUCCGCAACUGCAGAACUUUCUGACGACUAUAUCAGUUUCUUCUCAAAUCCCGACAUAGUUCCAAAGUACCUGGAAGCAAUUUGUGAUAAGACAGGUGUGCAGCUACUGACUGGCUACAGUGCAAUCAGUAUCAAAGGUUCUUGGGUAUCUAUAAAUACAGCACAUUCUUUUCUUUCAGAGUUUCUUACUUCCUACUUGAAUUCUGAUUUUUCGAAAAAUCAAAAUGGAAACAAAGACCAAAGUAAUUCUUUGAAGGGGAAUGAUGAACGUUUUAUUCCUGACGGAGAAACAGAAGACGAUUUGAAUGGAUUUCACAAAAACGCAACGUUGAAACAUGUGGAAAAUAAAGAUAAUGCAGAAGGAUUAUCCGACUGGCACAAGUGGGCGUCGGAUGUGUUACCUUUGAUCCAACGCAGACGAUCAAAGCAUACCCAUGUGUUUACUGCAACAAAGUGCGAUGCUCAGAAAGCACCAGAGCCACUUGUUUUAUAUGCAGAUAUUCAGCCAGUCCCCAAUCCUGCUGCCAGAAAAUUGCCCACGCUCAAUGAGAUAGAACGUGUACUGAAAAAAGUGUAUGAAAAAGAUACAAUUUCAGUAACACCUAUCUCCAAAGUGUCUGCUUUGCCUCCUGAUGAGAGCAAGGCUGUGGUGACUCAAGAACAUCAAAGAAGUGAAUCGGAAUAUAUUCAAAAUGAAAAAGAUUUUCACAUCAACAUGAUGAGCAGCCUGCACAGCUUUCAACAUGUCUUCCACAUACGUAAAGAUGUGAUGGUGUUGGAAGAAAAUAUGGCAGAGCCAGCAGAAGAUCUUGUAAAGUGUCUGUCUGAUCAAAAGAACAAUCAAACAUCACGAAGAGCAACUGAAUAUAAUGCUAAUAAACAGAAGCUCAAGCAUCAGGCUGAGGAUAUAAGUAUGGGUUUAGUAACUGAUCAAAACAGUUAUGUAAGAAAAAGGCUUCAUCCUGAUGAGGUAGGUGAACAUGCUAAAGGUGAGCCAUUAGCAGAGAAGAGUAAUAAUGGCAGGGAAUGUUCUUUGAUGAAAAGGGAUAAUAACCAGUUUAAGACAUUACCAACCAACAGUUCAUCAAACAGAAAGCACAAGUCAUACGCUCAGCAGGCAGAUUGCAGAGCACCAUCUCCUAACAGAAAAACUCGACGUAAAGGUAGACCAAGAAAGAACACUGAUUAUACCACUAGAAAGAAAAGUGAGGGAGCACCCUCAGCAUCCAAAGAAGGGAGAGUAGAUAAAACUGCAAAACAAAAAGCAAAGUCAGUUCUGGUGGAGUUAAAUGAUUGUCCAAAUAAAGAUCACAAUCCUGUGAACAGUGUAAUUCAGCUGGUGUCAAAGAAGAGAGGACGGCCCCGGUCUAAGUCGGAUGCAAAAGCAGAAGAUAAUUUUACAUGUGACAAGUGUUCAUUUGUUACUAAGAAGCAUAGUCAUCUGCGACAGCACAAAAGAAGAGUUCACAUUACAAAAGAAUUUAAGUGUGACAAAUGUGGCAAGAUCUUUGGUUUUGGCAAAGAUCUGAAGCGCCAUCGUAAAACCCACCAAAAGGCAGAAAACUGCUGCAGUGUUUGUGGUAAGAUGUACAAGGGAAUUCGUUCUCUAGAAGAGCACAAAAAAACACAUGCUGAAGGUUACAUCAAACCAGAGUUUCCUUGUGAAUUUUGUAGUAAGAUUUUUAGCACCAAGUAUGUACUUGCAUAUCAUAUAAAGUCUGAUCAUCUUGGUAUGAAACGCACCUACCUUUGUCCAACUUGUGGAAAGAGUUUUUCUCAGAAAAAUUCUUAUCUUCAGCAUGCCAAUGUUCAUAUGGGUAUAAGACCUUAUCAGUGUGAUGUGUGUGGCAAAUCCUUCUCUUAUGAAAAAUCACUUAAAGAACACAGGUAUAUGCAUGAAGAAGACAAGCAGUUUGAGUGUCCAGUCUGCAAGAAAAAGUUUCGACAGUCAUCGGGUGUAGCAAUACACAUGAAAAUCCAUAAAGAGCGUAAAGACUAUGUGUGCUCAGCUUGUGGGAAAGGAUUCAGCCAGAAACAGGCUUUGAUCCGCCAUGAAAGAAUUCAUGCAGGUGAAAAACCUUUCACAUGUGGUGUGUGUAAGAGGAACUUUACAGAUUCCUCAAUACUUCGUCGUCACAUGAUACUUAUUCACAAGAAGGAUCCAAAGAAAUGGAGGGAAGAUACCAUAUCAAAUGUGUCACGUCGGACAGACUUUUUCAUUAGCGUACUAAAUGAGCAUGAUGAGUCUGCAAAUGGUGGUGAGCUACUUAGUAGAGGGACUCCCCAGCCGACACUGGGUGAAGACAUGGCUAUCAGUGAUGUCGAUAACGAAAGUACUGGGGGAGAAAAUGAAGAUAAUUUGAAGCUUAUGCCUGAAAAUCUUGAUCACCAGCAGUUGGUGGAGAGUUCUGCAGCAGUUACUCCUGAACUUUGCAAAUCUACAGAGCCAUUUGCUCAGAAUCCACCAUCUGUAUCCAGCGAUCUGGCCAGAGUAAUGCCUGUACCUCUGAGCUCUGUAUCCGAGGAACCCAGCAUUAUUUUGCAUGUUAGCAAUAAUUCAGCUUCCUCCCUUAACCAUGAAUUUGGCAGAGAUCUCAUCCAGCCUCUAGACAUGUCUGCCCCAGCACACACUCAAGUGUAUGAUCAGAUUGCGGAUGCAGUUUCAGCAGAACUUCCAUCCCUGUCAGCAGGGGCCAUUUUGAAAUUUGAGGACAAUUCAUCAAGAUUGUCUUCUGGUCAUUCCAGAACAGUAUCUGUUCCUCUGAGGUCUGUUAUAGAUGAUCCCAUUUCUAUCUUGCCCAUCACACAUAAUCCAGUCUCUUCCUAUAGCCACGUGCCCCUCAGGGAUCUUACCCAGCCCCUUGAUAUGUCAGCACCAGGUCUGAGCCAGGUCUCGGGGCACAACAGCCAUCAUUUUUCUACCUUUGGAUUUGGGGACCAUCGCUUGCAGCCGUCUGACCUCUACCCUCCUGAGAUGCAAAUUGUGUCGGCUGGACUUCAGAUGCCUUACUCUAGCAUGCUGAGCCAUGGAAGCAUGGCAGGGUACUAUCAACCUACCGUGGUAAUGGUGCCUGAGACAGUAAACACUGUUAGUUAUCAUGCGGGAAGCAUAAGCAUUAGUAGUUCUUCAGAACUGUCUUCUAGCCCAAAGUAUGAACAGAUGGCACCUUCCCCAGCAAUGCAACAGGUUCAGUAUUCACCCAGCAGCACUCCACAGUUAUAGGCCUAAAAGUUAUGAUUGUGCAGCAUUGUUUGAUGAUAAUGAAAAUAAAUACUUCUGCAUGAAUGUUUUAUGUGCCACUGUAAGUGCAUCUGGAACUUGUUCUAUUCUAGCUUAUAGUUUUUUUUAGUUGUGGAUUUUUUUUUUUUUUGGUUCCUGGUUGGAGUUGCAUAACAUUUGUUAGGUUUUGCUAGAAGAUUCAGGUGGUAUAACUUGCUGCAUUUAGAACUUUGGUUUAAUUUUAUUCCUGCUUAUAUUUUUUGGUUCAUGAAAGUAAGUUAUGAAAUAUGUGUACAUAGAUGAUUAUAUACAAGCUUUAUAAAUUCCUAUGAAUGAAAUGGGAAUUUUUGUCUUUUAAAAUGACAUAUCAAAUUUUAAAAUAAUUUCAAGUGAAAUCUUGUUUAAAAGUAAUUAAGGAUUUUCAUGAAGGCCACAGUUUAAAAAAAACAAAAAACCUCCUGUUGUAUUGCUUAUUUCAAUGUGUUUUGCUUAUGGUGCAUCUAGGAUCUUCAUUAUGAAUGACUGGAGUGAUCUGGAGUCGAUGGUCACGUAGCAACCAGAAUAGUCAAUAGCAGCCAGAAACUAGGAAAGAACCAUAAUCUUGAGGUUUGCCUUUACAAUCAACAUGUACAGUAAACUACAUGUACUUUUAAGUCCUUCUCCCAUGAUUAGAAUUAGAAAUGAAGUGCUUUUAUACUCAUUGUAUUUUUGAUGGUAUAUAAAUUUAUUUUUUAUAUAGGCAUGUUUACUUAUGAUAUGAAAUUUGUGAUUUUUCAUAAGAAAAUGUGAUUUAUUCUGAAUCAGAAAGUAUAAUAAGCAAUUUUUUUGUUAUAAACAUUUCAGGUUUUUUCUUUUUAAAAAAAGUUGGUGUAUUUUCCAGAUAAAUCAAAUGACUGAUAAAUUUUUCUAGUUAUGAGUGUCAUCCUGCCUCUUCUGAUCUCACAAGCGUGCAUGGUUGAUCCUUUUGGGUUCACUUUAACUAUAGGAAAUUUUUUCUUCUUCUAACAUUUGUACAGAUCAGAAGAAUGCAUUCUUUUAUUGAUUUUUAUAAAAUUAAUCAACAAAGAGGUGAAGUAUUGGGUCUGGACAUGCAUGCACUUUUCUUCCUCUAAGAUGCAUGGGACAAAGUGAUUUAUCAUCAAUGUGAUGACAUUACUUUCAUACAGUUUGGAUUGUACAAUAUAGUUUACAAAGUAAAGCUUUUAAUAAGGCUGUCUUCACUAUGCAAAUAAUUCAUCAAUACUGUUGUCACUAUUAAUGCUAUUGGUGCCACAAGCAUAUAAUAUUUUUAUUACUGAUAAACUCAGUCUAAAACUAAAAAA